CGCCCCCAUCUUCUCUCCCCACUCCCUCAUGGCGCCUUCCGCCGCCGGCGAAACCCCACCUCCGGAGGCUACGGAGAGCAGCGCCAAGGCCGAGGAGCCCCGGUGGCUCGCGGCCCUCUCCGAGCCAGAGCUCGAUCUCCUCGUCAGCCUGAAGCUGCUGGCCGUGAAGCUGGCGGAGACGGCCGGUCGCCCCCACCUCGCCGCCGGGUUCGAUCUGCGCACGCUGCGUGCCCUCAGUGUUGUUUUGCUGGAGGAUUUCAAAUCACGGUCAGAAGAAACCUCAGUCGAUGCAUCCGUAUCCGUUCUUGAUAGACUCGCGCUGUCGAGGGAAUGUGCCACGGAUGGUGGCGGCGGCAGCACUAGUGAUUCUGAGGUGUUCAGGCGGGGCGGCAAAGAUGAGGCAAAGCCGAAUAGCGUCAAGAGAAAACGGAAGCAGAUGCAGGAUGGGCGCCAUGGAGAGACCGUGCAAAGCAAGAAGAAAAGGAAACUGGGUGAGAGGCGAUAGCAUCGAGAGAGCGGGUUGCGACGAUCUUCCUGCUGAUAGUGAUCUUGUGCAAACACCGCCCAGGGAUGUCGUUGAGCGACAGCACUGAAGCUGCUGUUGCUGCUGCUGCUGCUGUUAGUGGUGUAAAUUUUGCUUUUCUUGAUCUCAACAUAAAACUUGUUUCGGGAAUGCAGCCCGGCAGGGAAGGGAUGUCCAUGGAACCAGCAUUGCCCAUUGCAUGUAAAUCUUUGCCAUUUAUUCCCGGGAGCUCAUAGCUCGCCCUACAUGUCGUGAGGAGCUGA